AUCUGUCUCUUGCUUCAACAGUGUUUGGACGGAACAGACCCAGGGACGCCCUUUCUUCCAGCCUCCGACCACCGUCCAACAUCUCUAGCUGCCACCUUUGGAACCACCUCAGCCGUCCUCAGCCUCCGAGACCAGCCAACACCGUUUUUUCAACCUUAACUCCGUAUUGCUCAGCAACCAUGAGCUCCCAAAUUCGUCAGAAUUACGCCACUGAGGUGGAGGCUGCUGUCAACCGCCUGGCCAACUUGCAUCUGCGGGCCUCCUACACCUACCUCUCUCUGGGCUUCUAUUUCGACCGCGACGAUGUGGCUCUGGAGGGCGUGGGCCACUUCUUCCGCGAGUUGGCGGAGAAGAAGCGCGAGGGCGCUGAGCAUCUCUUAAAGAUGCAAAACCAGCGCGGUGGCCGCAUUCUCUUCCAGGACGUGAUGAAGCCUUCCCAGGAUGAGUGGGGCAAAACCCAGGACGCCAUGGAAGCCGCCAUGGCCUUGGAGAGGAACCUGAACCAGGCCCUUUUGGAUCUGCAUGCCCUGGGUUCUGCCCGCGCAGACCCUCAUCUCUGUGACUUCCUGGAGAACCACUUCCUGGAUGAGGAGGUGAAGCUCAUCAAGAAGAUGGGCGACCACCUGACUAACCUCCGCAGGCUGGCCGGCCCGCAGGCUGGGUUGGGCGAGUAUCUCUUUGAAAGGCUCACCCUCAAGCACGACUAGGAGCAUUGGAGCCCAGAGGCCUUUGAGGGGGCCCCUCUGCAUUCCCCUGGUGUCCGGCUUUUACCUGAGCCUUUCCCCAAAACCCCUAGCCAUUCUUUUAACCACCCUGGAGCCCUCUCCCAUGCAUUGGACCAAAUGGAAACAAUAAAGCCUUUUGCAGCA